UUUGUUUUUGUUUCCUUUUCUUCCGCGUCCUAUUCCCCCGUCUUUGAACAGAACUUGUACAUAAAAUCAACGUUAACCGUAGAGACAAACUGAUAAUUGGCUAAACCCAGUCCUCUUUAAUUGUGCGCAGAAGCAUUAGCAACAGGAGCAGUAACAUACACCGCACCAAUAACAACCAGCAACAUUGACCAUGUCUACGGUGCCUGCAUUCACACCCGCAGAGGCAAGCGCACCACGGUUCAAGGUGCAUCAGCAGAGCUUCAAGUUCAUGGAUCAGCAACCAGUCUACAUUCAGAUCACGGCCAUGGACAAUUCUGCCUGGGUGUGGAUCUCAGCAGCAGCAAGUCCAGUGAUGCAACAACAGUCCUUGCAGCCUCAACAGCAGCAACAAGGUGGCGGUGGAGGAGGAGGAGGGUCGUUUGGAGAACUCGCCAUGGCCAUGCCCUCAUCCCGACCUGGACAACCUGCGGUAUCGAGUACAUUGCUAGGAAGCCCACUGGAUGAGACCGCUGCCAGCAUGGCUCGACGUCUUGCGACGAGGUUUAAACGACAAUUCUUGGUGAAUGCGGAUAUCCCACCAGGGAUCGAUAACGCGAUGCUAUUGGCGUUUUCGGAGCGCAAGACUGUGGAGAUGUUACAGGGGAUCUUUGAUGCAACGCCAGGACCAGUGGCAGCAGCAGUAGUGGAUUCGGCCAGGGUUACGAAUGGGGUUCAUUGAACGGUUUGCUAGACCCUGCCUGUUCAUGCAUAUACACAUGCACACACACGGAGCACAGCAUAGGUACAGCACAGUACAGCACAGCACAGUUACUCAAUAACGCGCGAGCUUAGUUUUGAUGAAGCUCUUCUUCCAUAUAUAUAUAUAUAUAUAUAUAAAAG